CCAAAGUCUUGUUGUACCUCAGUGAAUGAAGUCAUCUGCCAUGGGAUUCCAGACAGACGGCCUUUGCAAGAAGGUGAUAUUGUUAAUGUGGAUAUCACUCUUUAUCGAAAUGGUUAUCACGGGGAUCUAAAUGAGACCUUUUUUGUUGGAGAUGUGGAUGAAGGAGCUCGGAAACUUGUUCAGACUACAUAUGAAUGCCUGAUGCAAGCCAUUGAUGCAGUGAAGCCUGGUGUUCGAUACAGAGAACUGGGAAACAUCAUUCAGAAACAUGCCCAAGCAAAUGGAUUCUCAGUUGUUCGAAGCUAUUGUGGACAUGGAAUCCACAAACUUUUCCAUACAGCUCCCAAUGUACCACACUAUGCCAAAAAUAAGGCAGUUGGUGUGAUGAAGUCGGGCCAUGUGUUUACAAUUGAGCCAAUGAUUUGUGAAGGUGGAUGGCAGGAUGAAACCUGGCCAGAUGGUUGGACUGCAGUAACAAGGGACGGGAAGCGAUCGGCUCAGUUUGAGCACACCCUGCUGGUCACGGACACUGGCUGUGAAAUUCUCACCCGGAGACUCGAUAGCUCUCGGCCUCAUUUCAUGUCCCAGUUUUAAUUUUCCCGAGAUGCCUAAUGUCUGAACACCAUCUUGUACUGUGCAUUUUAUUGAAAGUACAGACAUGAAGAGCUUUUUAAAAGUCACUCCUUUUGUUUUGGCUGUGGAUAAGAAAAGACUCCAGCACUUGGUGUGUGUCCUCGAGAGCUUCUUUUGGGGUCUGAAAAGCUGAGAAGAAUAAAUGAAACAUUGCUUACUUCCUUCAGUCCCUGGCCUCACCCCCUCAGUUCGCUGUACUGGGUUUUCUUUCUUGUCCCUUGAGCACUUUGACCCUAAAUCCACUUCUCAUUGCUUUAUCACUGCCACAGACCAGCCGCCAAGGGCCAGCCGCUUUCCAGGGGAAUGCUGAAGAUAAAAAAUCUUGAAACCUUA